AAUCCGACAAGCCGUGGUGUUUACACCUGGAUUCAUAAUUGUACACUUAAUGUCAACUGGAGCUCUGAAAAUGAAAUCAAAGGAUGUGUUCUGUAUACGUAUCGCUUAAAACUCUUUCAGAAUGAUACAGAAGAAAGAACAAUUGAUACAACAGCCUUGAUGUAUUCUAAGGAGGGAAUCCUUUCCAAUUCUGUGUACCGAGUGGAAAUCACGCCCGAAAUGAACUGUAAUGGCAAUUACACUGAGCACAAAACAAGGAUAAACACUAUCUCGGCAUUCCCAGAAAUGCAGACAAAAAAUAUCACCAAAAUUGUAUCAGAAAAUGAUGUAUUAGAGUGUUCCCUUACGGGAGCUUACCAUCCACUGAGUUUUACCUGGCAGCACUUGAUUGGACCAGAUGAAACCAUUGUGAGAAAUUUCACAACGUCACUGGUCAGACUCCGAAACGUAUCAUAUAAAGACGUGGGGGUGUACAACUGUACGGUUCAAUACAAGCUCUGUGGAACAUUAAACCAACAGAUGACAUCAAGUGGCUCCAUUGUCUUCAACGUCAAAGGACCACCGUUCAUAGAGACUUCUAUAGGCACUCUUACUCUAAAACCAGGACAAAACAUAACAGUAACCUUAAAAAUUAUAUCAUUUCCAGCACCUUAUGACCAAGUGAUCAUCAGAAGUCAAGGCAACAAUUACGUUAAUAAUACUGUAAAUUACCAAAAUACAUUAGUGCCACUGAAAGCUUAUGGAAAGACAAUUGAAGUGGAGGGAUAUAUGGCGCGCCUUACAAUGCUGAAUAUUUCAGAAAUGUGGUUUGGAACAAAUACCAUUAUCGUGUCUAAUAGCUUUGGAAAUCAUUCGACCAGUUUCAUUAUACAGCAUUCCUCAGAAAAUCAUAUCUAUAAUUUCAUAGUUAAAGUUCUGAAGGAAAAUAUGUAUCUUCUGGCUGGAAUUGGAGGAGGGAUUCUCGUUUUGUUCAUCAUCGUAUUGGUUAUUACUUGCAAGAAGAAAAAAGGAAAAACUAACCUUUCAUUAAACAGCGAUACUAAGCAUUACGAAGAAUCGGGAGUUGCAACAGUAGGUGAACGGAUGUAUUCAAGACCCUUUUCGUUGAGCAAUACGAAAAAAGAAGAAGAUGUUCAGAAAUUGACUGUUCGAGAAGAGCCCAUAGAACUGGAACAAAGACAGUGUGCCAGUAUGUUCAGUUGUGAUGGAUUUGACGCGGAUGAGUUUCAGAUGGAUAAAAUAUUGUAUGAUAACCACUUUGCUCCAGGAUACAAAUAAUAAAAAAUAUAUAUGUUCAAAAUUUUAUGAUGGCUUCACAUCGGAAAUGUAUAUUUCAUGCUUAUAUAAUAAAAUUGAAAUCUUAUGAAAAUAAACAUAUAAUCUGAAUGAUGUAUAAAUGUAAUAAUUUAUACAGGAUUCUUAUAAUUGAA